UUUGAUCAUCCUCGAGUGCGCGCACCAGCACCGCGCACAUAACGCAAGGAUCGCAGCGAGCGUCGCGUCGCGCCUCUCGUUCCCGCGGAUGUCUACUGUAAACAUGUUCUGCUAGACACCGACAGAAAGAAGAACGCGACAGAGGCGUCAUUCAGCUGCAUCAAGAAGGACGAAGAGCAAAUUAAAGCGAACGACGCAGACGCGGGGUCGAGGUACUGGAGAGGCAACAGAGGGCAAAGCAACAUGGAGGAGUUUAAAGUCCAGACCGCCAAACACACCGUACCCAACAGUUCACCCAUGCGUCCGCACGGUGAGCACCCGAGGGAUCACGCGGCCAAACGCCUGUCCUCCACCUCCAACGGCACGAGCGAUGGAGGAGCGGGAGCCAAAACACCUGUGGAGAUCACCGCGCUGGAGGAGUCCUUCCGCCGCUUUGCCAUCCACGGAGACACACGAGCCACCGGCAGAGACAUGAACGGCAAGAACUGGUCCAAACUGUGUAAAGACUGCGGCGUCAUCGAUGGCAAGGGCAUCACCCUCACAGACGUGGACAUAGUCUUCUCCAAAGUCAAGAACAAAUCUGCGCGCACGAUUACAUACAGCCAGUUCAAAGAAGCGCUGGCGGAGCUGGCCAGGAAACGCUUCAAAGAUAAGAGCAGCGAGGACGCCGCGCAAGAGGUUUACAAGAUGAUCGAAGGGAAGUCGCCCGUUAUAGCUGGAGUCACGAGAGCUGUGGCUUCCCCGACCGUGUCCCGUUUAACCGACACCACCAAGUUCACCGGAUCGCACAAGGAGCGUUUUGACGAGACGGGCCGCGGGAAGGGCAAGGCAGGGCGAGUGGAAGUGGUGGACACGUCCGGAUACGUGUCUGGAUACAAGCACGCAGGAUCAUACGAGAAGAAAGUUCAAAAACCUCCUCAAAAACCCAUGUGAGAUUCUCCAUCCAGCAAACUGAGUCUAUAAAGCACAAACAGAUCCCGUUGAGGGUACAUCUUUUGUUCUGUGAAUAACAUUGAGUUUGUUCCUCUUCCUAUAAGUGUUUUAUUUCUAACUGGAACGCUGUUUACAUCACCAGCUGGUACGUUCCUAACAAACACGAUGAUGCCAAGAGAAAGACAUGUGACUACAGAAUUGCACGAAUGAAUCAAUUGCAAUUUUAUGGCUUCUCUAAUGAUGCAGUUGAAUCAGACUUAAGUAAUGCACUUCAAGUCCAUCAUUUGCAUUACAACAACACACAAAACAUUUCCAUUUAUGUUUUAGUGCAUUUGGCAGAUGCUUUUAUCCGAAGCAACUUGCAUUGCAUUUCAAGGCUAAAUUUGAUCAGUUCAUGCAUUCCCUGGAAAUCAAGCUCUUGGCAUUUCUAACACCAUGCUUGUAGAGCUCCUUUUACACAGCAGUCCUGGUAAAUUACUGUAAAAUUACCAGAAUUAGGUUUAUUUAAAAAUGCUAUUUACCGGGCUUAUGUUUCAGGCCUACAAUAAAGAUAUUUGUCUUGGUAUACAUUA